GAACGACAUAGACAAGAUAGACCGAUUUGGAUAACUUAUAAUACCGUCCCUACCCCACAUCCUACCCCAUACCCCGCCCUUAGAUCCCGACCACCACCAUCCCCGACAGCACAACCAUGUCAGUCACCCAAACCAGGACUGUUCGCGCUCGCGCGCGCACUCUUUCGCUCAUCGCACCUCGCGGCGGCCCGUCCUUCGCGACACUUCCCGUCGAACUCACACUCGACAUCCUAGAGCUCGUUCUCCUUUCAUCCACAUCCCCAUCUUCAGGUAUAUCACAAAAAUCGAUCUCUUCUUAUGGCCACCAACAAUCUGUCGCCGUCACUCUCGCGACGAUAUCCCGAUACAUCACCACCCUGCUCAACCAAAUCCUCUACCGCUCCGUCGUCCUUUCGACACCGCGUGCAGUCUCUCUCUUUGCACGCACAGUCCGGUCAAAGGACCCUUCCUUCUUCGCAGCACAAGUGAAAAGACUGUCAAUCACUUCUCAGGCAUCAUCCACGCGACCCCUCGCGAGCACGGGCUUUUUCACUGCCAUAACGAGGGGUAACUCUCGUUGGGGCGAGUCUGGGUCGAGCAAUGAUGACCUGCAAGCUAUCCUGGCUGCCUGCUCUAGCGCGAAGACGCUUGUCCUCCCAGAAUAUGCUCUGCAAUCUUUCUUCACCCUCCCCCUUUCAUCACAAUCACAAUCACAGUCACGCCACAUCACGCCACCCGAACUUACCGUCGGCUCUCUGAGCGACAUUCAUCCAUGGAUGUCGUCCCCCUCAGGUCACGCAUCCGAAGUCCUCAAUAACCUGACUCACCUGCGCCUUGCCGAACCAGGCGAUAUGUUUGUCUCACCCUCGUCGUUCUUAUCCGCUCUCGGACCGCUCUCCCACCUCACACAUCUUCACCUCAGUCGCCGAGCGAGCGCGAACGAAGACAACGAUAUCGCGUUCGUGCAGGACUGCGAGGAUGUCCUGAGGCGGAAGGAAGGGCUGAAGAUGUUGGUCGUCAGCGUGUUCUUGCCGUUCUAUUAUUCCAUGACGGCGCCUGCACUCCCGGCAGGCGGAGGUGCGGAUGAAGAUGCGGAGAUGCGCGAGAUGGACGAGGAGAAGGCGAGAGAGGCGACGAUGGAGAGGGAAUGUGUCGAAUCGUCACUUUGGAGGAUGCUGCAGGAGUUGAAGGCGAAGGAUGAACGACUGGUCAUUAUUCAGGGUCAGGAAGGGGCUUGGAGGAAGGAAUGGGAGGGUGUUCGCGUUAUUGCGAAUGCGACGGGCGCCGGAGAUUUCUGGGUUCGCGCGAAGCAGAGGGCUGCAGCUAGAGCACGGAAGACGACGAACUGAACUGUCGCCCGAGUCGUAGGUUCGUCAAAGCUAUGGAGGUGAAGGUGAGAGAGAGCCUCAGGAUGCUCGAUGGAGAGUGAGGUAUUAGAAGGGGGGAGGAAGCUCAGCGCUGGCUUGGCUUAUAGACUCGAUCCUUGGCUAUUUACAUAUAGAUGCCUUAUGUUAACCUUACCAGAACAGCUGCGUCGACUUACUUUGAACGUGGAGGGGCGUGUGAGAGAGUCAGGUGUUACUUUUAGGGGGGCGCACGGCGACCGUCCUGGGAUCACAUCUUGCUCUCUAUUGAUGGGCGUGGGUGGGUGCUGGUCAGCUGUGGUUUCUCUUGCGCCCUACAGUAGCUUUCCAUCAUUCCUCUGCGGUUCGACUCGUGCGUUCUGAUAUUUACGAUAUUCCCUGGAACGGUCCUCUGUUUCGACCCGAUUUUGUUAGAUUUCUCUGCCCUACAGCUAUUGUUCUAGAUAUUACGGUCUUCACCGUUAGACUCUGUCUAUUUACGCACACACUAGAGAGGGCGGUCUAAUUACGACUUUGUUCGCAGGUUUUGAAUGACCGCCUUCGUUUCUUAUUGGUCUCUUUUUCGUCUCGUUUCUCCGUGUUCAUCCUAUGACUUGUUCCGUCCGUCUCUUUCUCUCAGGCUGGAUUAUGCCUAUACUAUGUGACAGCUCGCCCAGCAAUAGAACUUUACAGAUUG